GCAAGAUUCAUUUCAUAACUUGAUAUUGGAGAACAGUUUCGUCGAUUGUUUACCGAUUCUGGGAUAGUUCAUGACACGCUGUGCCGCAAUCCCUCAGUAAGACUCCUUGCUCACUGUGCAGGCUGUGUUCAUGGAGGCGGGGUUCUCCCUAUGAGAUUCUUACCUUGCCCUAUGUUACUUAAAUCUUAUCCUCAGCGAUAUGGCAAUGCCUAGUCUCAGCCUAGCGACCUUGACUCACUUCCCUGCUAGACUUUGUGAAGCUUGACUAUAUAAUAUCCAGUGUACUCAACCAAGUGGCCUUUUCUCAAUCAAUUCAUAUAUAAGUACUUUAAAACUUCAAUAUAAUUAGCAUCCUGCACACAAAGCAACAUGAUUGUCACUUUGGCACUCCGUGUUCUUCAGAUGUUGUUCGCUGCCGUUGUUCUGGCCUUGUCUGUAGUAUUGAUCAAAGGUUAUGGUCCGGGCCAUUCCUGGUCUCUCAUUUCCUACGGGGCAUUCUGUGGCGGAGCAGCGAUUCUUAUCGCAGCAAUUGGUGUAGCAGCUUGUUUUGUUGAAGCUCUACAAGGAAUAAUAAUGCUCGUUCUCGAUGGAAUUGCAACAUUCUUUCUCCUUGCUGGUGGAAUUGCAUACGCCGCAACGAUCAAGGUCGGCAGCUGCGGUGACUUUUAUGGUUACGUUAAUAACCAUAAUAAUCCAUUUGGCUUUAGUCCCUACAAAUAUCCGAGAGGACUUACCAUUCAAAAAGCCAUCGAUGAUGCAACGGGUAGAUGUCGAGAAACUCAAGCAAGCACAGCCUUUCUUUGGUUCACAACGGCAUGUUUUGUUGGAACGACUGCUGUCCACUUCUUGAGCAGCAAACGUGGCGGUGGUGCUGCGAGCUAUCCUUAGACUUUUCAAGGUGAAAUAUGCGAAGUAGUCGUAGGACUGUGAUGGACUGUGAUGGACUUUAAUGACGUUUAUGAAAUAAUGGGAAUAGUGAUAUCAAUGGCGUUCAAUCAAUUUCAACCACAGGUCAGAUAUGAUAAGAGGUCAAGAACACUACCGAAGAAAACAUAUUAUAGUUGCAAUGUAGAAUAUCCAUUACUGUAACUAGUCCA